AUGAAGUCCUCCCAUCUCCUCACCUUCCUCGCCACCAGCAGCGUAGCAAGCGCAGCAUGGCAGAAACUCAUGCCUGGCCUGGCUGUGGAGGAGUUAUUCGCUCGACAAUGGGAUGACGCGGGUUGUUCGAGCUCAAGCACGUGUGCGCAGUGUUUUGGUCAGGGUAACAUCAUCUGUGAUAAGAUUGGAUGUUUUAACCCGGAUCAGCAUGAGCAGUGCUGUGCUGGCGCUGCCAUCUGCGUAGGAAAAACCAACACCUGCUGCAGCGCCCUUGGCGGCCCGGGCGUAACCGGCACCGCCGGCCGGCCCAGCGCCGCACCGGAUACAGCACUGCCCGCACCGACGUCCACUUCAACACAAGACUCCUCCUGGACUUGCACGCGGCAGGACUCUGGCGAGGCCUGUUGCCAGCGAGCGCCUGUGGUACCGCUGCACUGGUGCUCGGGGGACUUCCCGGCGCAGAAGUGCUAUAAUGCGAAGAAUCAGUUUUGUUGUACUGAUGGGACGGUUUGUGAUGAGGAGGGGUGUUGUACGCUGUUUAACGCAUCAACGACAAACCCUUGGGUUAAGGGUUCAAGCACCAUUACACACGCCCCAACGGCGUCAACUGUAGGUGGUGGUAUAUCAACGACGGGAGUGACGGAGACGACGACGACUGCCACGAAGACGGGAGCUGCGGUGGUUGGGGCUACGCCGGGGCUGUUGGCUGUGGGUGUAGCUGCGUUGGGGCAGAUGUUGCUUUGA